AGUCGUUUCGUUGUACCACCGUACCGUUACAGAUCUGUCCGAGAUCUCUUACAACAGGUUGAGUCCUGCCCUCGUCUCGGAAAAUAUAAUUCAGUAUUUAUUGUGACUUCUUAAAAUAAUUAGCAAACCAAAGCACAAAGAACUCAUUAAUAGUUCCAGACUGACCUUUUCAAUCUAAAGAAACAAGGAGUGACUGAGCUAUAAAGAGUGAGAAUACGAAGGAAAACCAUUAGCCUAGUAUGGACGCCUCCCCAUGCUGACGCCGAGAAACACAUGAGGAAUCUACUAACAACUACAGGACCUUCAAUAUCAUAAAAUGCCUCGUACUAAGCAGCCUCGUAAACGUAAUUCAUCGCUGUCCCUCCAGGAGGAGAGUGACAUGAUGGUGAAAGACUUUCAGAUGCAGGCAGACCUUCGUUGGCGCAAGGUGCAGUUUGACUUUGAGACAAUGUUCAACAAUUUCGAUAAUGACUUCGAUCUACUUCUCUCGAAGAUUCCCCCAGAGGUCCGUGAAAUGACCCUGGGAGACUUAUCAAAAUUUCUAAAUAAGACGGAUGAGCAGGACUACGAGGACGUCUCGUCGAGCUCAGAACACGCUUCGAUUCGCUACGCGCCCCCUUCAACAGUUAAAUCAAAGCCUCAAUCUGCAAAGAGGCAGACUGCUGUCUCAACAGACGAUGGUUACAUCACAGAGAGUGGCAAUAGUCGUCGGACGAGAGUUUCCAAGACUGGCAAUGUCGGCCGAAGCUCCAGGAAGGCGAGGAGUACGUCGAGAACGACUACUGAUAGGAGCCCCAAAGUCAGUACAUCUACAGACAAACGAGCAGCUUCAGCUUCUCGAGUCAUUAAUAAAUUUAUAGAACCAGAAAGCAGCCAGAAAUCAGCCACUGAUUUCACACCUGUCACACCCAAGGUCAAGCCCAACACUCCCAUGAGUAUUCUGAGACAUCCCCGACAGGGCGAGAUGGUACUGAGCAUGCAGGGCAGCCCCAUCCUGGUCUCCUCUAUCGUCAAAGAUCAAACAGCUAAUAUUAACGUGCCUCUCGGAGAUGGUAAAAUUAUUUCCCUCCUGCCCACUGCUGGUGGACUUCGCAACUCUUUAAUUCCUGCUCUAGAUCCUGAAACUGUUCGCCAACUCCAGACACUCAUGGGCCAUCUCGAGAGAGUCAUCGAUAUUCAGUGAAUCGUUUAGAUAAUUUUAAUUAAUUGAUAAAUAUAGAGUAAUUCAUGUUUUUGUAUUUUAGAAGUAAGAUUCUGAGGCUCUUAAGGAAUUUCAUGAUUUGAAUAGGCAGUGAAGAUUGAAGUUUUGCCAUUUUUUAAAUGUAAGUUUUUCUGGCAAUAAAUAUUCAAUAAAUUUCGUA